CAGGGCGGAGCGGGUACGAGGCUCCGCCAUUUUGUUAUCGUCAUCGAGACAAGACCGUGGCCUGGGGAAGAGCUGUUGUUGUUGGCUCUGCCAAGAUGGUGAAACUCUUCAUUGGGAAUCUGCCCCGGGAGGCAACGGAGCAAGAGAUCCGGUCGCUCUUUGAGCAGUACGGGAAGGUGCUGGAAUGUGACAUCAUCAAAAACUAUGGCUUUGUGCACAUCGAAGACAAGACAGCGGCCGAAGAUGCCAUCCGUAACCUGCAUCACCACAAGCUGCAUGGUGUCUGCAUCAACGUGGAAGCCAGCAAGAACAAGAGCAAGGCCUCCACCAAGCUGCAUGUGGGCAACAUCAGCACCACCUGCACUAACCUGGAGCUGCGGGCCAAGUUUGAAGAGUAUGGCCCGGUAAUCGAGUGUGACAUAGUGAAGGACUAUGCCUUUGUGCAUAUGGAGCGGGCUGAGGAUGCGGUGGAGGCCAUCAGGGGCCUAGACAACACAGAGUUCCAAGGCAAGCGGAUGCGCGUGCAGUUGUCCACCAGUCGGCUUCGGACGAUACCUGGGAUGGGAGACAAGAGCGGCUGCUAUCGGUGCGGGAAAGAAGGGCACUGGUCUAAAGAGUGUCCGGUAGAUCGCACGGGGCAAGUGCCUGACUUUACCGAAACCUAUAAUGAGCAGUACGGAGCGGUGCGCACUCCCUACCCCGCGGGCUAUGGGGAGACCAUGUAUUACGAUGAUGGGUAUGGAGCAAUGGUCGACUACUACAAAAGAUAUCGCGUGAGGCCCUAUGCUACGGCAUCUGCAUACGACGCCUAUGCAGAGCAAACAAUGGCCCAGUAUUCGCAGUAUGCGCAAUACUCCCAAGUACAAACCACAGCCAUGGCCGCCACCACAGCCAUGGCCGCCACCACAGCCAUGGCCAAUCGCCUCACUACUACCCUAGACCCUUACGAUAGAGCGCUGCUGCCAACCCCGGGAGCAGCAGCAGCAGUCGCUGCAGCUGCAACUGCUGCUGCGGCAGCCGCGUCCUCCACCUAUUACACCCGGGAUAGAAGCCCCCUGCGUCGCACGGCAACCGCGGCCACCACCGUCGGAGAGGCAUACGCUUACGAACGUUGUCAGCUGUCUCCAGUCUCGUCGGUCGCUCGGGCCUCCCUCUACGACGUUCAGCGGUUCGAGCGGGAGUCAUACGCGGACAGGGCGCGGUACUCUGCGUUUUGAGUCGGAGGUAGCAUAUUCUCGGGUGGACCCUCGGGCUCCCAUUACACGGGAAAGUUUGUCCUACUUCCCCCACCAUCCCGCUGCCUGCGACG